AUAAAUGUUUAGGGAAUGUUAAAAUGUUUGGAACAGUGAGCUUAAUCGUAUUAAAUCAAAAUAGAACGAAUUUAAUCCAAUUAAAAUAUGUUGAGUCGAAUUGUAUCGAAGCGACUUAGAUUGAAUCAAAUCAUAUCGAAUCAUAACAUCUCAAAUUGAUUCGCAUUGUGAUGAAUUGCUCCGACUUGAAUUUUAUCGAAUUAAAUCAAUACUAGUUUGAAUCACACUGAUUUGAUUACACCAAAUUGACUCGUGUCAAUUUGAAUUACGUCGAAUUGAAUCACAUUGUUCAAUGGUUAAGAGCAUUCGUUUACAUUCGCUUGUUCACGUUUGAGCUUUAAUGCAGUACGAGCACUCGCUAGCGUAGUGUAAACGCACCCUAACAGACCCUAGUACAUGCAUAAGUACACGAUGUCACGUUAUAUUUCAAUUAUUCUUAUCAACUAAUAAAUAAUACAAAAAUCACCCUUUUAUUUUACCAUUCCCAAGUGUUAAAGAACGAGAGAAAUUAAAAUUUGUUUAAAUAUAUCUCUUGAACGGUAAGGGUAGUAAAUUAAAAUUAAUCGCUGUUUCUUAUUUUGAGUAUGUUAAUUCGUUAUUGGAGAGAAUACAUAGUUAACAAUUUAGUUACAAAUUAUUUGACAAGCGGAAAAACAGCGAGUCUCCGUUCUAUGUUCUAUAUUCUAUGGGAGUUGGUCGAACGAUCGAAAAGCUUGGUCAGUUGUAGCGCCGACUCGGCUCGAAGUUGUGUAGUUUAAAGGCACGUCACUGUACAAACUAGAAGCACGUUUUUUUUCCUAUUAAGUAACGUAGAGACAGUAAUAUUCGGAAAAAAUAACUCUUGCGACAAUGCCGCGUCAACCAGCACAUUGGAGAAAAUUCGUAUUCGUCUAUAUUUUCCACUUAUUUUCAUAUGCAACUUCCACGGUGCAUGUACAACUGAUAGCACCGCGCUACGUAACCUACGGGAGCACAGCGGUUCUGCAUUGCAAUCAUAGUGUCCCAGAUGCUUCCUUGCAUAAAGUCGAGUUCAUGAAGGAUGACAAGACGAUAUUACGAUACAUAAAGGAUAGGAAACCACCGUUCCUUGACUUGUGGGUAGACGGUGCAAAUAUGGAGUACAUGGAAAAUGGCACGACAAUCAAAUUAAAGGACGUCCGUUACGAGGCGUCUGCAUCGUAUUCCUGUCUGGUAUCAAUGACGACUCCUAUUUAUACCCAGGCUUCCGAACCCGUUCAUAUGAAAGUUAUAGUACCACAGACUGAAAACCCGAAAAUCACAUUCGAGAAAAGCAUGUACGUGGUCGGCGAAAAUUUAGAGGCGAAUUGCACCUCCUCGGCUGCGCAUCCAGUUCCUCACUUGACUUGGUAUAUAAACGGGAAGGAGGUGGAUAUUAGCCUGGUAAAUCAUUAUCCUCUCACGCAUCACAAGGACCAAUUGAUGUCCGCGACGGCAAAACUAAUGAUAGAGGUUUCCGCGUUGCAUGCAGGGGAAAAUGGAUAUCUAGAGAUCAGCUGUUAUUCCACCAUUCCGGAUUACCCCUUAAACCACGAGCAGUAUGCUGAUGUCAGGAAGGAAACGGUUUCGGAACGUUUGUUCGGUUGUUCCAGUGCAAAUUAUAACCGCGUCGAACGCUGAAUCCUCAGCGCCGAAUAUCGCCCGUGGAUGGCCCUUAGCUACGUUGCUGUGCGUCCUCUGCACGAUGCACAAGAUCAUUCCUUAAUAAAAGUCAAUUGCUUUAGGAUAAUUUAACGAAGGAACAAAGAGAAAAAAAAGCGAAGAAAAAAAGAAAAUGAACAACUAAAAAGAGAAAAAAAAGAAACGAAAGGUGUAAUAUACGUAACAAGCGGAGAAAAAAAAGGGAGAAUUAAGGAGGGAUAUAUAUAUUAUAUUAUAUACACACACGUAUAUAUAUAUUAUAUCGAAGAACGAACAAUCACAAUGUCUUCCUUGAUUAUACCGAAAUACACGGGGGGCAGCGAUUUUAUUGUCUUGCAGAAAUUUUAUAAAUCAUAGACGCGGCUUCUUCGUGCAACUAUUUUCGAUUGUCGCUUGUAUCGAUCGUUAUCUAUUUCGCGAAUUAUAUCGAAUCCCCGGGGGAGAAUCGUGGCCACACAACGGCGAAAGAGAAACGUAGUGCAUAGUGAUUCGCCGACGAUUUCUUUUUAAAUGAGACAACACAGAUAAGAUGGCGAAGAAGAAACGGUAGAGACACAUAUGCAACCAGACUCACGCGAUCACACACACGUACAUACACGGGCGCAUUUUCUAACCGACAUUUGUCGCGUCGACCGCAAGAUUAAUCCACUUAUCGUCGUUCGUAUAUUAUUCGUGUUUUCCGUUCAGAUCCUUUAACGACGUUGACAGACUAUUGCAUAGAAUAAUUAUUGUACUCGUGAACGAUCAAAGUGAGGAGCUUUAAUGUAUUCGCGAGAGUAUAUAACAAUUACUGUUUCACCUAGUUUUUAGAUGGCUACAGUGUUACCCCUCUAAGUAUUACCAGGAUAAUUAUUAUGCAGAGAGGCGCUCUCGUUUCGGAAUUUCAUCCAUUUUCAUUGUUUCGAGCAACAAUUUACGGUAAGUUGGAAAAAACACGCUGGCUGCGUUGAAAUACAAAUUUAGAACUCGUGCAAACUGGAAUGGUCGGUUUGACGGGUCUUAAUUGGCAUUUUGAUAUGUAACUGAUAUAGAUAUCAGUGAUAGACAAAUUAAAUUACUGAAUGUAUCACGGAGAGCGAAUUGUAAAUUUAGAAACUUGCGAUUGUGGUGGUUUGAAAGGUUUGGAAGAUGACGAAAGUUUGAGCGGGGGAAGUUUGGAAAAUUGAGAGAUUUAGAAAUUUGGGUGGGGGUUUGAGAAGUUGAGAAUUUGUGAAUUUAGAAAUUUUGGGGUAUAGGAAGUGAAGGAUAUGGGACUUUGAGGAUGCGGGAAUUUGGAGAUAUGGGAAUAUUGGGGGCGCAGAAAUUUGGGAAUGUGAGAAUUUGGAGAUGUAGGAAUU